UGUGUUGUGGCGGAAGUGGGAGCUUUCUUGGAGCAGCUGGUGCCGAGAGAAGCGGGACCAGCAAAGAUGAUUCAGGCGAUUCUGGUUUUCAACAACCAUGGGAAGCCGCGGCUGGUCCGCUUCUACCAGCGUUUUCCAGAAGAAAUUCAACAGCAGAUUGUUCGAGAGACUUUCCAUCUGGUCCUCAAGCGAGAUGACAACAUCUGUAAUUUCUUAGAAGGUGGAAGUCUCAUUGGUGGUGCUGACUACAAACUGAUUUACCGGCACUAUGCCACCUUGUACUUUGUAUUUUGUGUGGAUUCCUCAGAGAGUGAACUUGGGAUCUUGGACCUCAUCCAGGUAUGUGUAGUCAUCAAAUAAUGAAAGCAACUUUAGA